AUGAUCGUUGAAGCAGUCAAUGAUGAGACGGAAACGACACCAUCACGCAAACGCAAAAGAACUGAAACGAAGGAAUCGUCUGCAUUGGACAACGCCUUUGAGGAGCUUCGAAAGGCAGUUAGCCAUAAAACACAACGGCUACAAGAGAAAAAUCGCCAACUUCGAGAUGAACUUCGCCAGGAGAGGGAGAGGCACCAAAAGACGGAAGAGGAACUUUCCCAACAAAGAGAAAAACGUAUUUUAGAGUACAAGAUCUGCUAUAUGCAGCCAGAUCGCUGGGUGUUCAUUCUAUGUGGACACAUGGUCUGCAGGUCAUGCGCAGGAAGUCUUGGAACAACGGAGAAGUGUCCUAUCUGCCGAGCACCAAUCACGGGAUAUAUCGGAUGCUACCCUUUUGCAGGAUAA